AUGAAAAAGGUAAAAGUGCUAAAAAGUUUAAUAAUAAUAUGUUAUAUGAGCAUAUUAACAAGGUUUGGAAAUAAGAAUUGCGUAAAAUGUAGAUCUUUUUCAUGUAUACCAAAAUAUGGAAGCUUUACAAAUCACAGGAAUAAAUAUAUUAAUUUUAUGAUAAAGACAAAAUGUGGCACAAAAAAAGAAUGGAACAAGAUAUUACAUAAAAACCCUGUAUAUUACUUAGGUAAAAGUAAAUAUCUAAUAAAUGAAAAUGUGAAGAAAAAUACAAAACGGUUAUUUACAAUACAACCGAAUAAACCUGUUAAUUGUAGCACACUGAAACCUUCUACAUGUGUACAAAAGCAUAUACGAACAAAGUACAAUUUGGGAAAUGCUAAUUACAGAAUACAAAAAGAAUUGCAUAAUUUUUUAAAAAAUCCUCCAAUCAAUUGUACAAUAGAUGUACACCCAAAUAAUAUUAGAAUUUGGAUUGUAACAUAUACAGGAUUAGAAAAUACUAUAUAUGCUAAUGAAAUUUAUAAAAUAAAAAUUAUUUUUUCUGAUGAUUAUCCCUUAAAACCACCAACUGUUUAUUUUUUACAAAAACCACCUAAGCACACACAUGUGUAUUCAAAUGGAGACAUUUGUUUAAGUUUAUUAGGUGAUGACUACAACCCUAGUUUAUCUAUUUCCGGCCUAAUAUUAUCUAUUAUAUCCAUGCUCUCUUCAGCAAAAGAAAAAAAGCUGCCAAUUGAUAACUACACACAUGCAGAUGCCAAACCUGGAAGCAGUCAGAAUAACUUUCUUUAUCAUGACGACAAAUGUUGA